CUUUUUGAAGAUGACCCAAAUAAUCACCCCUAAAGAAACUUCUGACUUACGUCAUCAUUCCGAAUGUAGUUUUGGCUUGCUUUGUCUCUACUGGUGUAUGAAUAGCUCCAAUCAUCAACUUCAAGAUAAUGGCCAACGACGACGAAACCCCACUCCUAAACGACACCGUCGACGGUGUCGUUGACCACGAAGGCCGCCCUAUUCUGCGAUCCAAAUCCGGCGGUUGGAGAUCCGCCGGUUUCAUCAUCGGCGUGGAGAUUGCGGAGAGAUUCGCGUAUUGUGGGAUCGCCUCAAACCUGAUAAGCUAUUUGACCGGGCCGCUCGGGCAGUCCACGGCAGCAGCGGCGGCGAAUGUCAACGCAUGGGACGGAACGGCGUCGUUGCUGCCACUACUGGGGGCCUUCGUCGCCGAUUCUUUUCUCGGCCGAUACCGCACUAUCAUUCUCGCUAACCUCCUAUACAUUCUGGGACUGGCUUUGUUGACUCUGUCUGCUAUACUACCUUCUCUGGGGGCUUCUGACUGCCAAACCAAUGAAAUUAUGCCGUGUUCUUCCCAAAUCCAAGUAAUUCUAUUAUUUGUCUCUCUAUAUAUUGUAGCGGUUGCACAGGGCGGACACAAGCCAUGUGUUCAGGCUUUCGGGGCCGAUCAGUUUGAUGGACAGGAUCCAGAGGAGUGCAAAGCCAGAAGCUCAUUCUUUAAUUGGUGGUAUUUUGGUAUAUGCUUUGGUUUUUUGGUGACUGUCUCAAUCUUAAGCUAUGUACAAGACAACAUCAGUUGGGCUAUUGGCUUUGGAAUCCCUUGUAUAGCGAUGAUUCUUGGCCUGGUUGUUUUCUUGUUUGGAACAAGAACUUAUAGAUAUAGCAUUAGGCGGGAUGAGAAAAACGCAUUUGUUCGUAUCAGUAGGGUGUUUAUUGCGGCAUUUAGGAACCGACACACAAGCUCAUCAACAAUAUCCGCAAAAGAGGAAUCUCGUGGAAUCCUGCCUCACGAAAGUUAUAAACAAUUCAAGUUCCUCAACAAAGCUUUGCUUGCCACAGAUGGCUUGAAUGAAGAUAUGACAGUUUGCAGCAUGGAUGAAGUUGAAGAAGCAAAGGCUGUACUUCGACUUGUUCCAAUUUGGGUAACAUGCUUGGUAUAUGGCAUUGUGGGAGCACAGUGCCCUACCUUCUUUACCAAGCAAGGAGCUACUAUGGAGAGAACAAUUGUGCCAGGCUUUGACAUACCGCCUGCUUCACUCCAAUCCUUCGAAUCGCUUGCCAUUCUUGUCUCCAUUCCAAUUUAUGACCGUGCUAUUGUUCCAAUUGCAAGAGCAUUCACUGGUAAACCAUCUGGCAUAACAAUGCUACAGAGAAUAGGAACCGGGAUGUUUUUAUCUGUUAUCUCCAUGGUAAUUGCAGCUCUAGUCGAGAUCAAAAGGCUCCAAACCACUCAAGAAUAUGACCUUGUUGAUACGCCGGGCGUGACUGUCCCAAUGAGUGUUGGGUGGUUGGUACCUCAGUACUUAUUGUUUGGAAUAUCCGAAGCUUUCACCAUGGUUGGUCUGCAAGAGUUCUUCUAUGAUCAGGUACCAACGGAAUUAAGGAGUGUAGGACUCUCCCUCUACCUCAGUAUUUUCGGUGUGGGGAGUUUUCUGAGUAGUUUUUUGAUCUCCAUCAUUGAGGAAGCCACUGGUGGAGAUGGCCGCGAUAGCUGGUUUUCAAAUAAUCUUAACCGGGCUCAUCUUGAUUACUACUAUUGGUUGCUCACUGGACUCAGUUCAGUAGCCUUGUUCACAUAUUUGUAUUUCUCAAGAUCUUACAUUUAUAAUAAAAAAGGGUAGAAUAAAAGGGAAAGAAAAAAAAAAGAAAAAGAAAUGCUCUGUCGUGUAACGCAGCGUCUAAUUAACAAAGCAAUGUUCACGGGAGGGAAUUGAAAGCAAUGGUAGGAGAACCCUGUUUCUGUAAUAUACAGUUUAUCAGUAUGAGGAUUCGAUAA